AUGGCCAGUGCGUGUAUUUGGCACUUCAUUGACUUGGCCAUCACUAAUGCAUGGAUAAGGUACAAGCAGGAUUGCUUAGCGCGCGGAGAUCGGAAGAAUACCGUCAUGGAUUUGCUAGAGUUCAAACUCUAUAUUGGUAGAUCUUUAGCUCUCGGAGGCCAAAGACAGAAGACUUUACACGAUCGGGGGAACAAUGAUAGUGCCGAAGAGAAUAUACCGGCAAAACGCAAGAAGUCAACAGCAUUGCCACCCAAGGACGUCAGAAAAACCGGCAACGAUCAUUUGCCGAUAUGUAGUGUAAAUGACAAAAACUCCUACAUGCGGUGCAGGAAUGCAGGUUGCACAAAGAAAACUCGGUUCAACUGUCUCAAAUGCCAGGUUUAUCUUUGUAUUUCUCUAGAAAGACAAUGUUUUUUGAAUUUCACUCUUAAACUUUGA